CCAUCUUCAAACACGCAUUUGGUGCUGAGAAAUAGUCCAAAAAUCAUGGGGUUUUUUUUAAAAUUCAGAUACGCUUAUACACCAACAUUUUACAUUGUAAUAAGCGUUCAGUAAAAACCAAACAGUCAAAUAUAAAUUAUCAUUACACGUCAAAUACUAUAUUAGUCUGCAGAAGGCAUGCUUCCCUGGAUCUGUCUUAAAAUAACCAAAUGAAACUCCCAGGCUCGGAUCUACUAACCAACUAGAGCGUAAGAAUAACACACAUCGGAACGGCAUAAAGAACAUAGUAGAUAUUGAAAAGCAAUUAAGCAGCCGCUUUUUCUUUGGAUUCUGAAGAAAGCUUCCAAGGGCACUUCCAACAGAAACCAGUUUUUUUAAGUAGAACAGAACCAGCAAGCCUACGAUGCAGACCGGCUGUUACAUCCUCCGAAGAUCAAAGCAUCCUAUCAUUCGAGGUCCUCUAUCGUAUGAUGUCUCCGCGAGCUAUAUAGCAAAAGAGGAGCAUCACAUCCUAAACUCGAGUCGUAAAGCUCAAGAAGAGGCCAGCUUCAUUCGCAACAUACACCAAAAGGUACCAAGCAAGCAUCAGAUUAAGACAUCUCAGCUCCUCCACAGCAGGGGAGAGCAUAUAGGGGGGGAUUUCUUUGUCGAACUUUAAAAGAGAUUGAGAGGGAUAGGGGGCCCUGUUUAAGAUUUAAAGGUUACGGAAGAAGAAAGUAUGUGAUCCUUACCCCCAAAGGUUCACUCUUUGGGUUGAUACAGAUGAUACCUAACAUAGCUAUCCUGCUUACCUUCCAAGCAAAAACCACGGUCACCCCCCACCAUCCAUCCACAUCUCUGAUACAUUUCUACUCUUCCGAGCCGUAAGAUGUCAGUCCAUUAGUACUUCUCAAAUCAUAACUCUCGUGAUAUCGCCAACAAAUUUCACGAUAUGGGUUCAUGCCAAAUGCCUGCAAAUUUCUCAAGCUCAGCAUUACCUGAAUCGUCCUGCGGCUACCUACUCCAAGAACUAAAGCUGAUAUGGGAUGAAGUUGGACAAGAUCAGCUCGAACGAGACAGGAUUCUCCUUGAAUUAGAACAAGAGUGUGUACAAGUGUAUAAGAGAAAGGUUGACAGUGCGAAUAUCUACAGAAUCCGCUUACAUCAAGCACUGGCGGAUGCAGAAGCUGAGUUCACUAACCUUCUCCUCUCACUAGGAGAAAGAUCAUUCACAGGCCGGCCUGAGAAAGUCACAGGAACACUAAGAGAGCAGCUGGAAUUGAUCACUCCUGCCCUUCAAGAGAUGCAGAUGAUUAAACAAGAAAGGCUGACCCUGUUUCGGGACAUUCAGACUCAAAUGCAAAAGAUCACUUCAGAGAUAGCAGGUAACUCAGGAUGCAGUAACAUAGUGCUGAAUGAAAAUGAUCUCUCACUCAAAAAACUCGCGGAGUUCCAGAAUGAGCUUCAACAACUUCAUAGUGAAAAGAGUGAUAGACUCCAGAAAGUGGAAGCAUACAUUAAAUAUGUUCAUGAACUUUCUGCAACAAUGGGGAUGGAUUCUUCCCAGAUUAUAACUAGUCUAGAUCCAAGCCUCAAUAGUCAAGAUGGAGAGAAAACAAGGAACAUAAGUGAUGCUAUCUUAGACAGGCUAAAAAACACAGUGGAACAACUCAAAGAGGAGAAGCAAAAGAGAACAGAAAAGCUUCACAGGCUUUGGAAGACCUUGACAAACUUGUGGAAUCUCAUGGACACACCUCUCGAGGACCAAAAACCAUUCGCUCACCUCACAAUGUUUGCAUCAUCACCUUCAGGGUGUGAAAUAUCCAGCCCCAGAAGCCUUACCCUUGAUAUAAUUUACCAGGUUGAGGUGGAAGUUGGAAGAUUAGAUCAACUAAAAGCAAGCAAAAUGAAAGAGCUCUUUCUAAGUAAACAAAUAGAACUAGAUGAGAUCAGCAAGAAGUCACAUAUGGCAACUGCUUCACAGGCAGAGAUGGAUAAUAUACUAAACCUCAUCACGUCUGGACAAAUUGACCAUGAGGAUCUACUCAACAGAAUAGAAGAGCAUAUAUUGAAAGCAAAAGAGGAAGCCUACAGCCGGAAGGAUAUAAUGGAGAAGGUAGAAAAAUGGUUGAUAUCGUGCAAUGAAGAACGAUGGUUGGAAGAGUACAGUCAGGAUCAGAACCGUUAUUCAGUUAGCCGAGGUGGUCACAGGAACUUGAAACGAGCAGAACGUGCAAGAAUAACAAUCAAUAAAAUUCCAGCUUCGGUUGAAUUGCUUAUGGCAAAGACUAAGGCCUGGGAAAAUGAAAGAAAUAAAGUUUUCUUGUACGAUCAGGUUCCUCUUUUGGCAAUGCUAGAAGAAUAUAUCUUGUUAAGGAAAGAAAAGGAGGAUGAGAAGUACAGGCAAAGGGAAAGAAAACGGAUACAAGGUCAGGUCACAGCUGAGCGGGAAAGUUUGUUUGGUUCAAGGCCAAACACAAGCGCUUGCCGCCCGUUAACUAGAAACUUAAACGGAAGUUUUAGCAGCUCUUCUCCUAUAAAUAAGACACCAUCAAUGGGAACUCAGGAGCUCAGAUCAAAUACUUUCACAGCUCAAGUAACAACUGUCAAUAGGGUUAAGAAGACAAAGAUGCACAAGAUGCCAAUGCGUCAAGUAUACAAUUCACAUCUCAGAGCAGAAACAGAAUCAGUAAUUUCAUUCACACUUUCAGGCCCAUCAUCUCCUUGAAUGUUUCAUCAAAGGGAAUAUUU